AUGUCUCUGCAACAUCACGUGGUAGUCGGGGACAGUGCCUCACAGGAAUCCCUCCCGGUAAGGUCUAUUCCAGGGGCUGAGGGCAGGAGAUGGUCCCUGGCCUCACUCCCCUCGUCUGGCUAUGGCACCAACCCGCCCAGCUCCACCGUCUCUUCCUCCUCAUCCUCUCAAGAGCGUCUCCACCAGCUUCCAUACCAGCCGACCCAGGACGAGCUGCACUUCCUGUUCAAACACUUUCGCAGCACAGACUCUAUGACUGAUGAAGACGGGCGGCCAGCCACUGUUAUUCGGCCACGCUCUCGGAGUCUCAGCCCCGGGCGGUCAAGUGUCUCCUAUGACAACGAGAUAGUGAUGAUGAACCAUGUUUACAGAGAGCGUUUCCCAAAGGCCACAGCCCAGAUGGAGGAGCGCUUGUUGGAGAUCGUCACCCAUUGCUCUCCAGACAGCUCCCUCCCUUUGGCCGAUGGGGUCCUGGGCUUCAUCCAGCACCAGUUGGUGGAGUUGGCCAGAGACUGCCUGGACAAGUCGCAGAAAGGCCUGGUGACUUCAUGCUACUUCGCUGAGCUGCAGGAGAAACUGGAAAAGCUACUUCAUGAGGCUUAUGAGCGUUCUGAAAGUGAAGAGGUCAGCAUCAUCAUUCAACUGGUCAGAAAACUCCUCAUCAUCAUCUCAAGACCAGCUCGCCUGCUUGAAUGCCUUGAGUUUGAUCCAGAGGAGUUUUAUCACCUUCUCGAAGCAGCAGAAGGUCAUGCCAAAGUUGGACAAGGUAUCAAAACUGACAUUCCUCGGUAUAUUAUCAACCAGCUUGGGCUCACAAGAGACCCUCUUAAAGAAAUCCAACUGGAACAGUUUGAUGCCAGUCCUACGGCGUCUGCUGAACCAGAGCCUACUGCAGAGAAUAAAGCGCCGCAAACCUUGACCCCAACAAGAAGAAAACCUCUUGAAAGUGAUUUUGAGACCAUCAAACUUAUAAGCAAUGGUGCCUAUGGAGCUGUGUAUCUGGUCCGUCACAAAGAGACACGACAGCGCUUUGCAAUGAAAAAGAUAAAUCGUCAAAAUCUGGUCUUGAGGAAUCAGAUCCAACAAGCUUUUGUGGAACGGGACAUUCUGACAUUUGCAGAAAACCCGUUUGUUGUGUCAAUGUUCUGCUCCUUUGAAACGCGGCGUCAUCUCUGCAUGGUCAUGGAGUAUGUAGAAGGUGGAGACUGUGCCACUUUGCUCAAAAACAUGGGCCCCCUCCCUGUAGAAAUGUCAAGGAUGUACUUUGCUGAAACAGUUUUGGCUCUGGAGUACCUUCAUAAUUAUGGCAUUGUGCAUCGAGAUCUCAAACCUGACAAUCUGUUAAUUACAUCCAUGGGGCACAUCAAGCUCACUGACUUUGGCCUGUCUAAAAUUGGCCUUAUGAAUAUGACCACAAACCUCUACGAGGGUCACAUGGAGAAAGACACAAGAGAGUUUAUUGACAAACAGGUCUGUGGGACUCCGGAGUACAUCGCUCCAGAGGUCAUCCUCCGUCAGGGAUACGGGAAGCCUGUGGACUGGUGGGCCAUGGGCAUUAUCCUCUAUGAGUUUCUAGUUGGCUGUGUACCAUUUUUUGGUGACACUCCUGAAGAGCUUUUUGGUCAAGUUGUUAGUGAUGAAAUAGUGUGGCCUGAAGGUGAUGAUGCGCUGCCUGGAGAUGCCCAGGAUCUCAUCACUCGCUUGUUAAGACAGAGUCCGUUAGAACGACUUGGCACUGGUGGCACCACAGAGGUGAAGCAGCAUGCGUUCUUUCUGGGUUUGGACUGGAAUGGGCUCCUGAGACAAAAGGCAGAGUUCAUCCCUCAGUUAGAGGCAGAGGACGACACCAGUUACUUUGAUACUCGUUCAGAGCGCUACCAUCAUUUAGCAUCUGAUGAAGAUGAGGAAACCAAUGAUGAAGAGUCCUCUUUAGAGAUACGCCAGUUUGCUUCAUGGUCCAAUCGCUUCAGUAAAGUUUACAGCAGCACAGAAUAUCUGGCUACACCGUCCAAUCUGAGUUUCUCAUCAGAUCGAAGCCACAGUGAGGAGAAAGAGGACCGGCCUGAUGCAGUGCUCAGUCCCUCUCAGGCUCCAGCAGAGGGCACUAUUGAGCGAAGGCACUCAGGACGCAUGGCCAGCCUUCGCCCCAGGGCCUCCUCCAGUUCUUCCCAGUCUGAGAGGAGCACGAGUCCUCUGGUGAUGAGCAGCACCCACAGCUUGGAGACAAUGCCUCGUUUUGCACUCUCCACUGACGAUGAAGCUGAAGUGGUUGUGUCAAACCUAAGGAGGAUUCGAAUCCGUAGCAACAGCACUGGAGGCAAACACUCGUCUCCCAAAGAUCCCACUGGCCCUCGGAGAUUUGGAAACCAGCUGGAAACCCCAGACAGACAAAAACUUCCAUGUGGAGGAAAAGUCCCUAAAUCAGCCUCAGUGUCUGCACUCUCUCUCAUUAUCACACCUGAUGAUACUCCCACUGGUCUUCAGCCAAGUCCCAUUUCCCCGCGCUCUUUGUCCUCCAACCCCUCGUCUCGUGACUCUUCCCCCAGUCGAGAUCUGUCUUUCAGCCCUGGCAGUCUGAAGCCCCCCAUCAUCAUCCACACCUCAGGGAAGAAGUUUGGCUUCACUGUGCAGGCCAUCCGCGUGUACAUGGGUGACAGUGACGUGUACACAGUGCAUCACAUGGUGUCGAGUGUAGAAGAGGGCAGUCCAGCUCACCAGGCAGGUCUGUGUACGGGGGAUCUUAUAACAUAUGUGAACGGAGAGUCUGUUCAAGGCCUAGUUCAUCCAGAAAUGAUCGAACUUCUGCUGAAGAGUGGAAACAAAGUGGCCCUUCAGACAGUUGCUCUGGAAAACUCCUCAAUUAAAGUGGGGCCAGCUCGGAAAACCAAACACAAAGGAAAGAUGGCACGACGAAGUAAGAAGAGCAAGAGGAGAGACAAUUAUGACAGACGAAGAAGCAUCUUGAAGAAACUGUCCAAGCAGAGCACCGUGAUGCACAGCAGUCGUAGUUUCUCCUCUGGUCUCCAUCACUCCGUCUCCUCCAGUGAGAGUCUCCCAGGCUCUCCCACCCACAGCCUCUCCCCAGGCCCCUCCACACCCUGCCGAAGUCCUGCUCCUGACCACCAGACGUUUGACAACCACUCUCCUCAGAGCACCUCUCCUUGCUCUAGCUCUCCCAGUUCCCCGGCUACGCACAUACGCCCAAGUUCACUUCACGGACUGAGCUCCAAACUGAGCACACAGAGAUAUACUAAAGUUGGCCGACGCAAGUCCACAAGCAACAUCCCCCCUUCCCCUCUGGCCUGCACCUCUUCGUCUUCCACUCAACCUCUUUCUCCGCAGCGGUCACCCUCUCCUUUGCCUGGAUUUGCAAAGUCUUUUCAUGCGUAUCAUGGCAAAACACUGUCUCCGCCCACUAUUGUCCGACAUGUCCGACCUCGUAGUGCAGAGCCUCCUCGAUCCCCACUGCUCAAGAGGGUGCAGUCUGCUGAGAAACUAUCUGGUGUCUAUCAUGUGGAUAAAAAGUCUUACGCCCCCCGCAGGCAUACUUUGGAAGUGCCUUUUUACGGAGAGGCGGAUCUUCUCGGGGACUCAGAGGCGGAAGGAGCUUGCGGUGGUGGUGGUGGUGGUGGUUACCUAGCGAAUGAACACAGCAGACUGGGGAGCUACAUCACUGGACAGAGAAUAAGAGACUCAGGUUUGGACAGAUCUGAGCAGCUUGUUGUAAUGCGCAAACUCAACUUAUCCGAAAGGCGAGACUCAUUUAAAAAGCAGGAAGCGGUACAAGAGGUGAGCUUUGAUGAGCCUGAGGAGAAAACCUGCUCUACCCCAAUUACCUCCAUUAAUCAGACCCAAACACAGCCCCAGCACGCCUCCUACAGGCCAUCCCUGUCACUGGGUCGCACGCAGAGCAGUGUGGAGGUCGAGCUGGAGGUCCCGGUCGUCCGCAGGUUCACUCUAGUGCCUCAGAUCGCGGUACAAGGUUCAACUGAAAGUGAAGGACAGGACGAAUGGGAGCCGUGUUCAGAUGGAGAGGAUUCCAAUGAGAACGCAGAGCUAGAGGUGGAAACAUCAGUGCAGAAACUAAAUAUUAUCAGUAACAAGAAGACUGAAGACGCCACUCAAGUUAUAGAAGCAACAGAGAUGAAAGAGAAGAGAGAGGAGUCUUUACAAAAACCACAUCUGAAGAAAUAACGCACAUUAUCUCUCUUGUCAAAACUCGUAUUUACCCUCCAAAUGUAACACAAAAGUUGUUAAGGGAAAUCUCAAAGGUGUUCAGUCUGUUACACAAACUUGAGAGAGUUGUAAGCUAUUUUCCUUGUGUGUAAGCGUAAGAGUGAAUGCUCAAGUGAGACUUUUGUUUACUUGAAUUUUUCUAUUGUAAAUACCUGCUCGAAGGCUUUGUGUAUUAUUUAUUCAAUUAAUCUGACUCUUGAGUUAGAGAGGCAGGGUAUGUGGGAUGUUCUCAUUGGUCAAAGAGCCAAAACUAAACAUUUUGUAUUCGUAAAAUUGUGGUUUACGUCUUUUGACUGGAUUUUUAAAGAUAAAUGUCUAUUUUUUACAUGAAUUGCUGAAGUACAUAGAUGUUUGUCAACGCUGGACUGAAUUUGCUGCUGGACCAAAAGGUACCAUGUGUAGAUAUGAUAGUCUAAUUUUUCGAUAUGUCUUAAAUCUGAAUUUACAGCUUCCAGUGUUUUGUAUCUAGCCACAUUUUUGAUGAUCAGAAAAAAUGGGGCACACAAUGUCAACAUUUUUUGUCAACAAUUUAUUUUUUCUUUAUAGACACAUUUACUAAUUUACUAAUUUGAAACAUGGAAAAUAUUUGACUAUUUUUCAUACUCAGCAACAUAUUUAAAAUCCACAUGCAGGUUCUUCCACUCUUCUUAAAGUGCCCCAUUGUUAUUCUGUUUAGUUAGGUCAGACUGGGGUUGAGUUGUCCCAAUAUGCUGUGUCAUCAUAGCACGUUGUCUGUGCCAUAUCAUUGGAGAUGCUAAUGCUAAGCUAGUGUGGCAAGUUAUUUGAUAUUCUACCACAAGUUCAUUAGAGACAUAAUUUAAAGCAGUUUUCAGAAUAACAUGCAGGGAAACUAAAAGGUGCACUCUGUAACUUUGUUUCUUGUCUCCAUAGAGAUGCUAUUGCUUUGCCUGGAAAGUUCCUCAAUAUAUCUUGUGUUUAUUGAAUUACAGGUAUAUUUAUUGCUAAGAAAUUUCUUUUACAUUCUUACUGUGAGUGGAGUCACCUCUCAUCAGAUCUGACCUUUAACUUGGCCUCACAGCAUACCUGCUCGUCUCCAUUGAGAUAAGUUUAAUGGUAUAUUGUGGAAAAUUCUUGACAAGACAAAGCCUCUCCAUAGUAAGAAGAAGGUGGCGGACUCUCUGCCAGAAAGUUACGUAGUGCAUCUUUAAGGUUAUUCUCCAAGUGAGCCACAAUCUAUAUAAAAUUUCUGAGAACAAUACAGACAGGCGACAGUUUUCAUAUAAGCAAGUGUCAGAGUUCUCCUUAACCUGCAGUGUAUGAUGUUUACAAGAGAAAUGUGCACUAAUAUAUUUCUACAUAACUUUUGUAUUGUCAAAGAGAGACACCAGACCCAGGGCACCUUCAAACUGUUACAAUCUAUGUCUUUAUUUUCAUCAGAUAUUGAUGUAUAUUUUGAAGCUAAAUUGACUUCCAAAAAUGUUAAGAAGGAUAUGCACAUGGGGGGUGAAUCGAUGUAUGUUUGGGUGGGACUCUUUGGUAGAUCAGUAUUUUCUAUAUAGCACGAAUGGAUGUAAGUGGUUUCCUAUCCACAGUGCACAUUUGUUUAAUCAGUGACUUUUGCUGCAUUUUGUACUGUUUUUUUCUCCUUCAAACUACAGUCUACUGUUCUGUCUUGCAAAGUCUUGUCAGUUAAAAGCACGGCAAAAUAUAUAAUGUAGAUACAAUGUGAGCUAUUUUUGCAGGUUGCCAAAACGUUUACACUGAACAAAUACAUGUACUGUACCAACAUUUUAUAUCUACUGUGGUUGUAUACUUAUGUAUGUUCUUUGUUACCACAAAAAAUAACAGACAAAUGCUUGUUUUUGUUCUCUAACAGUUAUAAUUUAGCAACAAACUGACUUGUUCCAAUUUCAAAACCUUUUGAAAUGUGAAGUAGCCAACAAAACAUUUUCAUUCAUUUUUGUUUGUUGUUUUUAAAGGUGCACUGUGAAACCUUUCUUACUGAGGUUUCAGUACCUGCUUUUCUAUAUGGAGAUGCCAUUGCUCUGUCUGGAAUGUUUUGCAGUGCAACAUUUAACUGAUCUAUCUCCAUGGAGACAAGAAGGUAUGUCUAGCAGCCCAAGUUACAGCUCAGAUCUGUGGAGAUUUUAAGCAGUAAAACACCUGUAAUUGAAGAGAUGCGGGGUAGAUAAAUUUAAUCCCAUACUGCAGAGCAUUCCAAGUUAAAGCAAUGUCCUCUCUAUAGACAUGUAAAUGGCACACCCUCCCACCAGGAAAGUUACACAGUGCCCCUUUAAAGGAACUACACUGUAUUUGCAAACAUAGAGUUCCUGGCCUUUGUUGUGUGGAUGUUUAGUUGGUUGAGGUUCAGUUUGUGUUGUAUUGUCACACUUGAGUCUGUGCAGGUCAAACUUUGGUAUGCGUGCAUGUGUUCUCUGGACACGUCUCUUCGGUGCAUGCUGCAUGACACAAGCACACUUCUGUAAUACUUGACUGCAUGGUAUAUCGGCGUCGGUGCCCUGUACUGUGUUUUCUUGUGAAAAGGAAUAAAAUUUGUAUUUCUUGGA